GUCGCGCCAUAAGAAGCAACUCGCGCGGUACGCAAACUCAGUAAAAACGUCGAUAAAUGCGUUUAGCUCGCAGAUGGAAAACACAGGCCGACCGAGGAUCGUACCGAGUGGAUUUAACAGCCGCAAGGAUUUUGAAUCGAUUCGCCCUUGUUCGAUCUCACAUUUCUGCAGCUAUGAGUAAUACGUUGCUCGUCCUAUUUCUCACAAUCUGGACUGAGAUUGCUGCAGGAUUUCGUGGACCUCAUCAUCCCAGUGGAAGCAUAUCCCAUCAUCAUUAUGUACCGCAGAAUGAAGUCAAAUUAACACAGGAUGCUGAAUUGCUGCACGAUACUGCACACUUGAAGGAAGACAUGGGCGCUUUUGCUGAUCAAUUGGAUUUAACGAAGAUGACAGAACAAGAAUUGGAGUUUCAUUAUUUCAAACUACACGACGUUGAUAAUAAUACGAAAUUGGACGGGUUGGAAAUACUUCAUGCUAUUCAACACACCCUUCAUGAGGACGGAGAAGAUGAGGAAAACAAGAAUGAAGAUAACAAUGAACACAGGAAUGAUUUACAUUGGAUAGUAGAGCUCAUUGACAGAGUUCUUGAGGAAGACGAUCUAGACAAUGAUGGCUACUUGGGGUACACUGAGUAUGUACUGGGUCGGCAAAGAGAUCAAAGCGAGAGAGGUAAACGAGAUAAGAAACUCGAAAUCCGGAAAUAAUGCUGUUGCAUAUAAUAUUGAACAGAACUACGGACUUUGUAAACAGCAGGGUGCUUAAGAACGUGUCUCAAUAAAGUUGCAUUUGCCAUUGUAUAAACGAUUGUGCCAGUAUGUCUUUUAGGCACCGAGGCUCUAUUAUAUGUAAUACAUGCAUAACAGCAAAACAAAUUUAAAAUAAAAAAUCAUUUCUGGCAGCAAAAAUGUUUAUUAAAGAAUGAUGCAUCAAUAAUGAUACAUGACUGUAAGCCAUUGAAUUAAAAGUUCUUUAUAUAUCAUAAAAUAGUCAAAGUAAGAAUAUAAAAUAUUUGUCAGUGACGACAAAGUAAUAUCAGUAAUACUAUGAGAAGUAUUGAGGUACGAGAACAGAAUUCAACUUAUGAAAAGAAAAUAUAGUUUCGUUGAUAUCAUGCAGAAUUGAAUGAAAUAAAGUGUGCCAAUGCAAAGUG